UUGGCGAAUGUGUUGUUUUUUGGCGUCUACCGUUGUGUGAUUGUUUUUUAUCGAAGCCGGUUUGUUGUUUCUGUUUUGAGGGGCUAUCCUAGAAAUUCCUUUUUAACCAAAGUUUCUUUAAAAAGUUCAUAGAUAGUGUUUCAAAAAGGAUUUUUAAUAACAGAUACGUUUUCGAUGAAAUAAUAAGAAAGGAAAUAGUGUUAUCACCAGUGGUAGAUGCGAGUUUAUUCGAAUUGGUUAAAACAAGGAACAUACGCUUUCCAUAUUUCAAAGACUGAUUAGGAAAAAAAUAAUAGAAAAUUCAUAGAAAGCAAAGAAAAUAGUGAAAAACUGUUUUGUGCGUUUUUACUAUCAAAACAAAGGUAGCCAAUGCCGGAUCAUCUUGACCAGCUGGAAGGGAUGACCGUCUGAGUAUAAACUUAGAGGGAGUAAAGUCAAGCAUUUUUUUUGGUAAUUGUCUCGUGCGCGUUAUACAGUUCCAAAAAUCAAGAUUGAACCUUUGCUGGGGAUUCACUAUAUGAUCCCAAACUAAAAAUCUAUAACCAGAAAAUCGUUUAAUUUGUGCAGGAGAAGAUACCUCGAAGGAAGAUUAGCACAAAAAUUCUCCUCAAAGAUAACGAAAUAUCCUUAAAAAAGUCAAAAAUUGUGAACAGUGUACUAACAAUAGUCAAGGACCAAAAGUGUCCACGAUCGCCCGAGAUCUUCAUUCACUCUGUGGAAGGACUUGCUUCUCUGGCGAGUAUCACCCCUAACAAUAACCUCAUUCGACUAUCGAAUGCUACCUUCCUCAAAAAAUAGUGAAGUUCCCUCUGAUUCAGUUUAACGUUCGUAUGUCAUUUCACGGUCCCGUGUGUGUGUGUAUGGUGCGGUACUAAAACCUAUCUGAGAAAAAUAUAAAUAAGGCAUAGGUAAAAAGAAAAUUCCAAAGUGCAAUCCCAACCUAUAAUCCAUCAUAUAAAAAGUAAAUACCCAGCAACAACAAUAACACCAACAAAACAAACGUGCAUUGAGUAGAAGAACGUGAAAGAAGACUUCCAAGCCCAACACAUCGUGGAGAGGCCCAAGUUUAAGACCCUCUGGAACAUCACAACCAACACACAUAUAUAGAGAAUAUCAUCGAAGAGGUUACACGGCAGGAGCCCAAUAAUGCAUUCUAUUUAUAUAUAGAAGAGAACUCAUCUGCAGCCAUAUGGAAAUUUUUGGACCACCACCGAUUGUGAUCCCAAAUGUCGAAUAGAACGAAAAGAUACAAAACAGAAAACAAGCUAAAAUCAAACACAAAAACAAACUAAAAAUAAUGCUGUCAAAAAGUUUUAUUGUAAUCAAAAAACACAAAAGAAAAACUAAAACGACGGUAACGAGAAGAAAGUAAUUUGACCACGCACCCAAAGAGAGGAUAAGACGAAAUUAAAAAAAAAAUCAAAUAUAAAUAACACAUUCCCAGUAAAACAAUAAUUUCUCAAAAUUUGGUUGUUUUUUAAAUAAAACAAAAUUUUUGAAAAAUAAACUCAAAAUGGGAUAAUAAACUUUAAAAAAAGUGCUCCAUAAAAAACAAUCCGUUAAAAAAAAAUCAAGAACUGACCAAUCUUAAAAAAACAAUGAAACAAGAAUUUUUUAAACAAAUUCGGUGCACGCACAAAUGUUAGUUGAAAAUUUCAUUCAAAAGUUUGUUGAUAUUUUGUUAUUAUCGUCGUCCAAAAUAAUAAUCAUAAUCGUCAUCGUACUACUAGUUGACACCAUUGUCCUUGUUGCCACUUAUCAAAAUUCACCAGUUCGAUAUUAUGAUGAAUUGGUUGUGAAUGUGUUGCUGAAUCAUCAACAACUUAAAUUGCAAUUCUGUGAAGAAGAUAGAGAACAACAAAAAGAGCCAGAACGAGAACAAAGCCCAAAUUUUGAAAAGUUUUUUCAAUUGUUAUCUUCUACUACUAAACUAUCUACAUCAUCGUCAUUAUCGUUACUCUCAUCAUUGUCAUCAUCAUCAACAACAACGCCGUCAACAUCUAAGCAAUCACCACUGUCGUCGUUGUCGUCGUCGUUACUAUUGUUGUUCGCAUCAUCGUCAUUCUACUACAGCUCGUUAUUCUCGUAUUCGUAUUUGUUGUUGUUAUUAUUCUUAACAAUAAGUAAUAACAAUAAUUACACGUCAACAAUAACAUCAUCAAUAUCAUCAAUAAUUUUAAUAGUAGAAACAGUAACUGUCGAAGGAGCGAUACAAAUUUUAAUCUCACCACUAUUAUUGUCAACAUUGUCGUUACAAUUUUAUUUAAGUAUUAUUACUGUACAUAAGACACUUUCAAUUGUUGGUGCUUUUAUACAUUUUGUCAACAAACAAAAGGAUAAUACCUUGACUUCCCUGGAUUACGUGAAAAAGAUAAAUUUCUGUAGUGAAAACUAUAAAAUUCACCAACGAAUCAAUCGCUCCACUUGAAAAUACUGAAUAAUGGCUACAUCACCAACACCAUCGUUGGAAUCAUUACCAGGUGCUAAUUCGAUUGGUUCUUUUGAACAGAACGACUAUCUGUCGGAUUCACCACUGACCUUGAGUGGCUCAUCGCCGCCAGUUGACUCAGCCAUUUGUGACGACUUCAGUAGUACCGGUGGUCUUACCACGAGCAGUCUUGAAUCACAUCAGGCCACCUCAUCGUCUGCAUCAUCCUCGUCCUCAUCAUCGUCCGCGUCGUCGACCUCGUCGACUAGCGGCAACGGCCCAGGCGGCGGUCCCAGCCCCAACGGAGCUGGCCCAAUACGCUGUACGGCCUGCAAAAGCAAACAAUCUGAUGCCAUUGCCAAGUGCAUCGAUUGUGUCAAUUAUCUAUGCUCAAAUUGUGUAAGUGCUCACGAAUUUAUGAAUUGUUUUGAUGGACAUAGUGUGUUCCGUAUCAAUAGUUUUGGUAGUAUCACAACAACGCUGAAUAGUUCAUAUCUAGAUCACUUAGUGGACUCAAGCACAUUGUCAUUGUUGAGACACCAGCAGACACAACACUCCCACAAUCCCCCACCACAGUCGCAGUUGUCAAAAUUGAUAAUGAUGAAUGCAUUUGAUGGACAAUCGCAACAGCAACAGCAAUCCCAGCGGUUUAACAUGAAAGAUGACUCGCUUGGAGGAAAGCUAACCAUGAGUUCCUUGCUAAAUGGACCUACCAAUCUCAGUAACGAUAUGCUUAUUACAUCGACGUCGUCCUCGACGACCAACUCACCACCAAUAACACUAACACCGAACGGUCUAAAUGGCGGUGGAAUUGGUGUUGUGAAUGUUGGUGGAAAUAAAACAUCUUCUAGUCAGUACUUUUGUACACGCCACAAAAAUGAAUUGCUGAAGUUCUUCUGUCGCACAUGCAGUGUGACAGUUUGCAAGGAUUGCAUAGUGAUCGAUCACCCGGCCGGUAUGCAUGAGUGUGAGUAUGUUCAGGACGCUACACCCAAACAGAUUGAAAGUUUACUCCAAAUUGUAGCCGAUGUGAGAAGCAAGGCUGCCGAUUUGAGGACCAUGUUGAAAAAUGCCGAACACAAUGCUGCCAGAAUUCAGGUUCAAUAUCAUAAGGCUCAGAAUGAGAUCAACGAGACAUACCAAUUCUUCCGUUCGAUGAUUGAUGAACGUAAACAGGAGUUGUUGAAGGAGUUGGAGAGUUUCUAUACGGCUAAGAAUAUGUCGCAUAAUGUCCUUUUGACGAAAACCCAAGAGCAUAUCGAUAAGGUUUUGCAAUCGUGUGAAUGUGUCGAUCGUAUCACCAAACAUGCCGGACUGGCCGAGACUAUUAUGCUUCGAAAGCUGAUGGAGAAUAAACAGCAGUCGUUUGUGCAGUAUAUCCAGGAAUUGCAGUCAACUAACGAAUUGGAGUUCGCUUCCAACUAUCAAGCGAUACAGGUUGGGGUUAGGACCACUUUCGGUUAUAUUCGCUCCUCAGCUGAUAUUACAACGACUAAGCAGCCACCAAUUGCCCGGCCCAAUAGUAAUGCUCUUACCAAUGGCGUUAGCCCAACAGGCAGCAACGGCAGUCUGAAUGCUCCAUUGAAUCCUGUGGUAGGAUCGAAUCUCACCAAUGGCUCGGUUUGCCCACCAUCACUUUUGGACAGACCAUUCUCAGCAACAAUUACAAACUCUGCGAACACCAACGGUGGAAUCAUCGGCGCUCCAGCCAGCUCAUUCGACACCAAUAUUAUCUCGAAACGUUUCAACAGUGCCAAUAGUCUUGGUCCUUUCGUUGGUGAUGUCAACCUACAGGUCAACCCUUAUGAGAAGUGGAGCAACGGAGGAAAUGACAGCAUUUUCAAUGGAUUAUCUGAUCAAUACACUAUCCCUCUGUCAACAACGAAUGGUGUAGGCAAUGGAGGUAACAAUGGUGGUAUCAUCAACGGCAACAACAACGGUCAAAGUGACAGCAUGAUUGACUUGACUUCAAAACUGCUUUCUACCACGAUUUUCCCGCCAAAAUCUCAGAUCAAGCGACAAAAGAUGAUCUAUCACUGCAAAUUUGGCGAGUUUGGUGUAAUGGAGGGUCAGUUCACGGAGCCUAGUGGUGUAGCUGUGAAUGCUCAGAACGAUAUUAUCGUUGCUGAUACCAACAAUCACCGCAUUCAGAUCUUUGACAAGGAAGGCCGAUUCAAAUUCCAGUUUGGUGAAUGCGGAAAACGCGAUGGCCAACUGCUUUAUCCAAACCGUGUGGCUGUUGUGCGUAAUUCCGGUGACAUAAUCGUCACCGAACGUUCACCAACACACCAGAUUCAGAUCUACAAUCAAUACGGUCAAUUUGUCCGUAAGUUUGGUGCAAAUAUUUUGCAACAUCCGCGCGGUGUAACCGUGGACAACAAAGGUCGCAUCAUUGUUGUUGAAUGUAAGGUGAUGCGUGUUAUUAUAUUCGAUCAAAAUGGCAAUGUACUACAGAAAUUCGGUUGUAGUAAACAUUUAGAAUUUCCAAAUGGAGUUGUGGUGAAUGACAAACAGGAGAUCUUCAUCAGUGAUAAUCGGGCACAUUGCGUUAAAGUGUUCAACUACGAGGGAACCUACUUGCGACAGAUUGGUGGUGAGGGUAUCACCAACUAUCCAAUUGGUGUUGGUAUAAAUACAGCCGGUGAAAUUCUUAUUGCAGACAAUCAUAAUAAUUUUAAUUUAACAAUAUUUACACAAGACGGUCAAUUGGUAUCCGCAUUGGAAUCAAAAGUUAAACAUGCACAAUGUUUCGAUGUUGCACUUAUGGAUGAUGGUAGUGUUGUUUUGGCUAGUAAGGACUAUCGAUUAUAUAUCUAUCGUUAUGUACAAGUACCACCAAUUGGAUUGUAAGAAUAUUUAUAUAUUUAUUAUAUAUAUAUGAAUAUUUCGUACUUUUAAGUAUUCUAACAGGAAUAAAACUAUUGAAAAUAUUAUGAUUCAAUCGGGCAUGGAUGGUUAGGGAAGUAUAAAUUUUUCUGUGCUCGGUUAAACUCGAUUUUGAGCCUGUUGUAUCAGAAUGAAUGCAACUUAAGAGCAUGAUCAGGAGCUGUUCAGGCUUCUUUCCACGAUUGUUUUUUUAAUAUUGUAAUUUUCUAAGAAAGAAUUGUUAAUUUUUUCAUUUAUGUAAAAAUUAUUUAAUUUCAUAGAAUUUGUUUUUUUUCUAUAUAUAUAUAAUAAAAUAGUUUCCAUUUUCCUAUCAAACAAUUGAGGAUAUUUGACUCAAUAUUUGAAUGAUUACAAUUAGCAGUCUGCCGCGAAAAAUUAUCCAACUUUUGUUCAAAAUUGUCUAACCAUUUUCCAGUAUGUUUGUUUGGUUUUGGGUUCAAAAGUCCAGAAAUUAAAAUUACUGAUAUGGGAACAAGAGUUGUAUUAAGGUAAAAAGAAAUGUGACAAAUUCAACUACGUGUAUUUGUAUGCAUAUUUUUUUGUAUUUUUUAAAUGAUAAUAUUUAGAAUGAGACCUAAAUCAAGUUAUUAGAAAGAAUUAUGCUAAAAUAGUAUAAAAUAAACUGUCGAAAAAUUUAAAACGCAACACAACUAAUAUUUUUUUAAAAAUGUAUCCCUUAAUUGUAUCUUGAAUAUUAAUAAUACGCCAUUGUAAUUAGGAUGUUCGCUUCUUAUCUGAAGCGAACAUAAAACGCCAGAAAAAGCAUUUCUGAUAAAAAUAAUUUAAAACAUCUUCGGCGAAUGUAUGAUAAACAGAAAAAAAGAUAUAAUACAUCGACCGAAUGAUAUUAUUACGAAAGAUUUUCGAUUUAAAACUACAUAAAAUUUAUAAUUGUGCCGCGAAAAAAAAAACGAAAAACUGAAUUUUCCUUGAAAUUGAAUCGUUGAAUUGUAAAUUUUAUUAAAGAAAUAAUGUAAUUGUUGCUGCUUGGAAAUAUAUUUUUAUGAGAAUCCGUUCUAUUUUCUUACAGACAAUGGUAGAGUAGACGUAGGAAAUGAGAUGAACUUCACAUGGAUUUGAAGAUCUUUAUUUCCGUUUUGCAUAUCAGAAAUGAAAAUCAAUUUUUAAGAGCUCGAUGUAAUGUUUUGCUUUAACAGUUUAAUCAUGCAUCAGUGGAAAAUUAUAAUGAAAAACUACAUUCCAGUUGGAUUUUUUGAUGAAACAAAAUAAAGCUAACAUAAAAAUGUCGGUGAGUUAAUGCUGAAAAAAAAAGAAGAAGAAAAUCGUUAAAUAUUGCAAUAGAAAAUUCGAGAAUGAAAUGAAAAUAGAUAUUCUAAAGCAGUGACAAUGUUCUCCAGUUAACUUUUUAUGACAAAUUUAAAACUAUGACUUCUUAUAUUUAUGCAACUUUUUCUUUUUGUACCAUAUGUGAUUCGAUCUCUUUUUAAUAUGUAUUUGUUGCUCUCUAUUCAAAUAUGAGAAACAAAAUGAUAAAAAUCAUUUUUGUAAACUUAAAUUUCCUUUAUUUUCUCAUUUGAUUGUGAUUUGUGUUUCUCUUUUGUUGUGAUUUUGACUUAAAUAAAUAUGAAAAUAUAGAAAAAUGCA